AUGCGGAUGACAACGAGAUUGCUCAUUUGUGCGGUUGUCGCACUUUUCGCUAUACCGAUCGUUCUACUUCUUUACACAUUUGAGGCAUUCGACUACUUUGUUCCACCUUUUGCCGGUAAAAUUCCUAUUAUUGAAAGUAAAUAAACAUUAAUUGAACAGGUAAAGAAGAGGAAAGGUCGUAUGGUGUGAUUUGCGAUGCCGGUUCAACUGGAACGCGGUUAUUCGUCUACAGUUGGACAAGCUCUUCAGGUGGAGAAAUUUGAAAAAAAUACGAUUUCUAUUUUUUCCAGAUGCGGAAAUGAUCAAGAUUGAGCCCGUGAUGUUUGAAGGAAGGCCCGUGAUGAAAAAAGUGACGCCAGGUCUUAGCUCAUUUGCCGACAAUCCGUCUGCGGCUACAGGUUGGAAAAAUUAUUUCUCAUUUGCUGUAUGUAAUCUCAAAGAAAAUAUAUCAAUAAUGUAUUUCUGAAAAAAAGCUGUCUUAAAACAAACUUAUAAUUUGAUGAAAUUUUCAGAAUAUAUCCGCCCUCUCCUGGAUUUUGCCAGUCUCCAUAUCCCUGCCGAACACAGACCGUUUACUCCUGUUUUUAUUUUUGCCACAGCCGGAAUGCGACUUCUUCCUGACGAGUUUGCAUAUACCUGGAUUUAGACGUUUUAUCUUGUCUUUAAGAAAGAAAAAAGCCAUUCUGGAUAACCUGCAUUCACAUUUACCCACCAUCACAGAAAUGCAGGUUGCCUAUUUCUCGAAAUGCAAAAUAUCAUAAAAGCAUCUUUGAAGGUCAUGAAAGAGCACAUUCGCGUGAUUGAAGGUAAAUGGGAAGGAAUUUAUAGCUGGAUUGCUGUGAAUUACAUUUUGGGUUUGUAAAACAUUAUUAAACAAAGAAAAAACACUUUACAGGCAAAUUCAACCUCCAAUCCAACGGCUCAAUGGAUUUUCCGGGAACUUCGCAAUCUCAAGUGCGGCCGAAAACCGUUGGAAUGGUUGAUAUGGGCGGAGCGAGCGUCCAAAUUGCUUUUGAACUCCCUCAAAACUCCCCUUUCCUAAGCGAGAAUGUUGAGAAUGUGAGGAAAAAGAACAAAAAUUUCUAUUUAUCGUGAUUUUCUAUAGGUCAAUUUGGGUUGUCAUGACGAUGACCCAAAGUUCAAGUACAAACUUUUUGUGACUACUUUUCUUGGCUAUGGAGUCAAUGAAGGUUUGUCAAUUUUGGAAUUAAUUUAAAAGUGUUGCCCAAAAAAGAUUUAGGAAAAAGUGAUAUAACCAAUUUUCUGAAUUGGGUUUUUCCCGGAUAAGCCAAUCAAUAUCAUUUGUUUUCUUUAAACCUUAAAAAAAGUUUAAAAAGUUUUCUAAUCUCAAAAUUUUGAAAUUUAUGACAGCAAUAUAUUUUUUUUAGGAUUAAGAAAGUACGAGCAGAAACUGAGUGACGAGGUCCGUUUGAUCAACGGUUCGGUCAUCCAGGAUGCCUGUAUGCCCCUUAAUCUCCACAAAACCGUUGAAAGAGAAGACAAAUCGAUGUUUGUUCGACGGGUAGAAAACCGUUUUGCUUGAAACUCAAAUGCCAUCAAUUUCAGGGAAGCGGAAACUGGACUUCUUGUGUAGAAAAACUUACAACGUUGAUCCAUCCAACGGUGGAAGAGGCCAUCAACAAGUGUUUAUCGCAGUGCUAUUUUGGGUCCGUUGCAGCUCCAGAGGUUGGAAAUCGUUAUUGAAAUUAUUUUUCUCGAGAUUACCGAGAAAUUGCCGCAAAUCAACAGUUUUUUUGAAUUUUGGAAAAAGAUAAUUGCUCGGAAGUUUUACCCUAAGCAACAUUAAAAGUUUUUUUUUGUUAGAAUUUGAAAAUCAAUUAUUUUCAGAUAAAACUUUCUGAUAUGGAAAUAUACGGUUUUUCCGAAUAUUGGUACUCCCAUCAGGAUGUUUUGGGCCUUGGAGGUCUUUACAAUCAAUCUAUGAUUGCUAAGAAAUCCCAGCUUUUCUGUUCUCAACGUUGGUCAACUAUUCAGGUUUUUCCGAAUGUUUUUUUCAAGGAACUUGAGAUUUUUCAAGGCAGCUGCAAAGAAGUUGUUCUAUCCGAAAGCCGAUGACGAACGUCUAAGGACGCAAUGUUUCAAAUCUGCUUGGGUCUCUGCCAUUCUUCACACUGGUUUUUCAGUGGACAGAACCAAGAAUCGGUUUCAGGUAGGCUCAGAAAUUGUUUUAUGAAGUAAUAGGAAAUUGUUUAAAGAGUGCUCUGACGAUAGCUGGUCAAGAGGUCCAGUGGGCGCUCGGUGCCAUGAUCUACCACAUGAGAUUCUUCCCCCUACGAGAUAGCGCAACUAAUCUCACAGUGGCUAGGUGAGAUUUGACACUUUAAUGAGCUGAUUUUGAAACUGUAGUUUUCACUUCAUUAAAGUAAAGUAAAAAAACAGUUUUUUUUUCCUAGUUUCUCAAUUUUUUUUCUCCACAGCCUUUUUUUAUUUUCUGAAACUUGAAAAAACAUGAAAAAAUUUUAGUCCCUACUAUCAGCUUGGUUUUUUUAUCAUGUCAAUGUUGUUAUUUGCCACAAAAAAGUUGUUUUGAAAAUUUUCGAAAUAUCGUUUUAGUUAAAUGAAUAUAAAAUUUCAGAAAAUUCAUAGCGGCAACUUUUGUGUGCUUUCUUUUUUGAAAGGACGUAUGAGUUUGGGAAAAUUGAUUUUUUGUGCAGGCAUCCGGUUGCGAACAGCUGGUGGAUAGCAACUCCGAUCCUCCUCCUGUUGAUCGUCGUCAGCGUUCUAACCUUUGCUUGGCUCUCUUCAAAGUCCGUCCGACCUCGGCCAGGGCUCUUCCGCAACGCCUACUCUUACAAACUCUUGACUAAUGAAUUUAUCGGGGCUCCCGCUUUUUCGCCUUCCUUAGCUUGA